UAAUUUGGCGGGGAAAAAAUUAGUUUCAUGUAUUGGACAUUUCAGCCAUGCUCUGCCAAAAAGGGGAAAAAUGCACAUUGUUUUGAAAAGCGUUUUCUUAACUAAAUGAAUAUUAAUUUGAACUUAUAUAAUUACCACUUAAUGUAUAUUUACCACUUUUAGCUUCUGCUAAAGUUUAAAAAGUAUCGUAUCCACUUUUAUUGAAGUUAUUAAGUUUCCAGUCUUUACCAUUUGAUAAAAAAAAAAAGAGAAAAGAAAGAAAAUCUGAAAAAGGGAACUACGGCACCUAAUUGGAUCUGUAAAUACUGCUAAAGAUGGUCCCCUAUCUGGUGUACGAAUUCUCGAUUUGAGUAGAAUUGUAGCUGGACCUUUUUGUACUAUGCUAUUAGGAGAUCUCGGAGCGGAAGUCAUAAAAGUCGAAGCUCCAAACGGAGAAGAAACUCGUAACUUUGGGCCACCAUUCAUAAAAGAUGAGAGCGUGUAUUACAUGUCUGUCAACAGAAAUAAAAAGGGCAUCGUGGUCGAUAUUAAGAAACCAGAGGGUAAGCACCUAAUAAAAGAGCUAGCGAAAGAAAGUGAUGUUUUUGUUGAAAAUCUCGUUCCUGGAAAAAUGGCAAAAUUAGGAUUAGGCUAUGAGCAACUGAAGUCAGUAGCUCCGCAUUUAAUUUAUUGUUCUGUAUCAGGAUUUGGACAGACUGGUCCGUAUAGCUCUCGUCCGGGUGUUGAUCUCAUAGCUGCUUCAAUCGGCGGUUUCUUGCACAUCACCGGACCAAAAGAUGGAGAGCCAUGCUCAGUUCAAGUUCCCAUUACAGAUUUUAUUACUGGUACCUAUGCCCAUGCAGCAAUCAUGGCCGCUUUACUGCAGCGAGCAAAGACUGGUAAAGGGACAACUAUAGAGUGUGAUCUGUUGAGCUGUCAGUUGUCAACACUUAACUUCGCCGCAAAUUUUGUCCUGAAUGAUGGGGUCGAAAUCAACCGAAGGGGAACCUUGAGUGAUGUUCUUGCUCCCUACCAGGCAUUCAAAACCAAGGACGGCUACUUUUCUCUGGCAUGCCUCUCUGAUGAAAGAUUCAAAGAUGUCUGUGAAGCUCUAAGCGUUCCAGACCUUUCGUUGAAUCCUAAGUAUUCGAAAUUUCAAGACAGAAUGCAAAACAGAGAAGAACUUUCCAGUUAUCUUCAAACCAUUUUUGAAACCAAAACAACCGAAGACUGGGUGGAAGUGUUUGAUGGAAGUCCAGUGCCGAAUGGACCGGUCAACAGCAUGAAAGGUGUUUUCAAGGACCCACAAGUUAUACAUAAAAAUUUAGUUAAAGAAUUCAAACACUCAAGAGUAGGAAAUGUUAAAGUAGUCGGUCCUGCUGUGACAUUUAGCGAUUGCGUCAAUGAAGUACGAUCAUCAUCCCCAUAUUUGGGUGAACACACAGACGAAGUACUAAAAGAGAUACUUUCGUAUUCCAACGAACAAAUAGAGAAUCUAAGAAAAUCAAAAGUGGUGUUUUGAAUUGAAGUAGCACCCAAGAAUGUGGGCAUUUUUACGAAAGUUGAUGAAAUUUUAUUUUGAAUAAAUAUAUUUCUCUAAA